ACGCAGAAUCUCAGAGCAGAGCAACUGCUGAAGAAUUAGCCAAUACGUUGAGAACUCCAAUGGCGAGUAAAUGUCAACUUUGCCAGGAGAUUCUUUCUUCUCGAAAAAAGGUUGUAAUUCAUGAAAGAAUAAAGCACCGAAAUAACAAGAUCAUACCUCAUCGCAAGUUACUUAUUCAACCAUCCCUUGAGCAAAUCACGUUUUAUCAAGAUGCGUUUAUAGUUCUUGUUAAAAAACGUCUUGGCUUUAAUAGACAUUCGAUAGGCACAAAACAAGUUUCUAUUCAUGCUUUUCCAGAAAAUAUUUUUGUUUUUCUUUUUGAAAGUGAACCUUCUUUCCGUUAUAGUCCUGUGCAACGAAAGUAUUCUUGUUUUUUUCAGGGUGAGGCUGGUGAACAAAGAUUAAAACAGCUAAUUAAUUAUGACAAUUGGAACGUUCGACAAGAUCCAAAAUUACAGACUAUCGGCUAUGUUCUAUUUGUGGAUAAUGAGAGUUCAUAUGAAGUUAACUUUAGCUGGUCGCAAUCAGAAGUUAAGGAGAAUAAUCGUAUUUUUCAAUGCGGUACCGUCACUUGUAAAUUCGUAGCAGAUUCGGGAGAAUUUUCCCAACAGCCCGCCGUAUCCCAAACGAAUCACAUUACCCCAGAAGCAAUGAAUCUACCACAGGUGCAUGAGGUUGUUCCAAAUAAGGAUCCUUCAAGUAAUGGAUCGACUCAAAAAAAUUAUAGAUUCAUAUUACCUCGGGUACCUUUUCAAGAACUCAACAGAUAA